AUGGCGGGGAAAGUGGACAAGACGAAGAAGCUGGAGCCUGUGCCCAAGCCGGAUGAGAAGCUCUACAGGGACCGCAUCCAAGCUGAGACAGCGGCCAUUGAUGAGUUGAGGGCUAAAAUCAGUGAGCUCCAGCAGAAGAUAUCCGCCGUCAUAGGCGGACGGGAGGAGUACAACAUGGAGAAACAAAACAGGCAGGCACGCCUUGAUGCUCUGCAGAAGGAAAUCGAUCAGCUGGAGGAAAAGCGCAAGGUUUUAUUUGAAAAGAUCCAGUUGAAGCAGAAGGAGGGCGCCGAUUUGAAACAAUCAGCAACCGAUCUGCGGCGUAAAAUCGGUUUCUCUUCUCUGGAAGAUAUUGACCAAAAGGUUGCUGCUUUAGAGCACAGUAUGAUGACUUCAACGCUUUCCCUCAAGGAAGAGAAACAACUGCUGGAGGAAAUCAAACGCCUGAAAAACAGCAAACCGCUGCUGAGCAAGUACCAAGCACUGGAAGAGAGUGCAAGCAGCCUGGAGGAUUCAUCUGUGGUUCCGUUGAGAGCAAUGCUGGAUGAAGUACGCACAAAACUUUUGGAACUCCGCACGCAGAAGCGCGAGGAGAGUCAGAAGUACAAGGAGCUUCUGGAGAAGAGACAGAGGGCAACCGCGCCGGGUCGUGAGAUGAUUGAAGAACGAGACCGCUUAUCCGCGCAGUUGAACACGCGCUAUGCAGCUCGCCGCGAGAUUCAAGCGGAAUUGACCCGCGAGAUGCAGAAGCAUCAGGCGUACAUGCAGGAACUGAGGCGCGAACGGGGUGUCAAGAUGAGGGAGGAGCGCGAAAGACGUAACUUGGAAAACGAGCGCUAUCAGCUCUCGCGCGAUUUGGAACGGGUGGAGUCAGAGUUGCCCUACGAAGCAGAAUGUUUGCUGCUUACCCAGACCAUUCAAUACUUGCGGAAAAUCAUCGAGGAGCCGGCGGCCAACGGCGUUGAGAAGGAACAGACAGAAGAGGUGGUGGAUGAGAGUCUGGCAGGUGCCCUUCUGCCGAAGAGCCAGCGGAAGGAGGUCUUUUUCUACGCCCCGAAGCAGAAGGGUAAACACGGAAAGGACCAUGAGAAGAAGAAGGAGAAGCCCAAGACGCUGAAGUAUGAUGUGGGCACCUUGGCCUACUUUGAACAGUGCGGAGUAAGUGCAUUCGGCGUUAAGCAUCGAUUGUUGGCUUCGCAGCUCUCGAUUAGUGCUGCGAAUGCCAACAUUUUCUGCCUCGAGAUGUCCCUUACUUGUGACCAGCUAACGGCGCCAGUUUUUUUGGACGAUGUACCUGCGUGCCUGGGGAAACUUGAGGCGAAGCUGGACCACUACAAAGGGUUGCAGCGUGAAAGCACCCAGAAGGUAGAUGAACGCAAGGCGGAAAUCAUGGCAAAGAUUGAAGUGGUGAAUGAGAAGAUAGCGAGUCUCGUGAAGAAAGAGAAGCUGCAGGAUGAUCGAGACGGUGAAACUGCUGACGGAUCUCCCACCGCGGAGGAAGGCGAUGAUGAAUGA